UCAAUCGUCGAUUUUCACUGCAAAAGCAAUCUUCUAGUUUCAAAACUGUGGAUUCAUUUCCCCCAAAGCAAACAUCGAAUUUCCAACGCUCGGAUCUUUUGCAAAAGAGUUCUGAUAAUUCGGAAAGUCGUGAUUCUCCGUCAAAAUCAUCCGGGAGUUCAAAAGAUGGCCGUUUUUCACCAAAUCGUUUAAAUGGCGAUGAAUCGGACUCGAACAUGGGCACAAAUGGAGACCAGCAGAAAAUCAGUAACCAGGACCUGUUAUUUGAGUGCGCAAAGAGAGGUGAUGUUGCAGGGAUAGAGAACGUAUUGAAAACAAAAAACGAAGACGAUGCGGAUUCCGAUAAAGUUGACGUGGACGUCAAAGACAAAGACGGGAUGACGGCUCUACAUUAUGCAGCAAGGGGACAUCACCUUGUAGCCGUCCAAUUUUUGUUGGAAAAUAAUGCAGACGUCAGCAAGAAAUCGGAAAGCCAUUUAACUCCGCUAAUGUAUGCUUGUAGGAACGGACCUACGUCAAAUAGUGAACAACAACAUCUUCAGCAAGUUUCUACCGUAGAAGAGCUGCUAACUCGCGGGGCAAACCUGAAUGAUAGGGACAGAGAUGGUUUUAAUGCGCUUCACCAAUGUGCCCUUCGUGGACCAUUGGAGAUAUGCCAACUUUUGAUUGAAAAGAAAAUUAACGUGGAUUGUGAAGACAAAGAUGGAAACACGCCGCUCAUGCUAGCAUCAAAAUAUGGGAAUGAAAAGCUGAUAGAUCUUCUGAUCGGCCAAAAGUGCAAAAUAGAUCACCAGAAUAAAGAUGGAAUGACCGCACUUCACUAUGCUGCUUUGUAUGGGAAAAAAUAUGCUGUUGCAAAGCUUCUUCAGUGUGGCCCAAAAGAAUUGGUUAACAAAGUUACAAGUAACAAGAAAACAGCAUUUCAUUUAGCAUGUGAAAACAACAAGUUAGAUUGCGCAAAAGAGCUAAGGGCUGGAAAGUGUGCACAGGAUACACCGGAUGCAGAUGGAUUUACUCCAUUUAUGCGCGCAGUCGCUAAAGGUUUCGAUGAAAUUGUAGAGUACCUAAUGAACUUAGGUGACAUUGAUCCGUGUGUAAAGCUUGGAGACGGAAGGAAUGUAUUACAUAUUGGUGCCAAAAGAAACAGAUUAAAAGUUCUUCAGACUUUAUUAGAUAAAACAUCCAAGGAUACCGCAAAGAAAAGAACUGGCCAAAUGUCCAAUGAUACCUUACCAAUGGAAAGAACUGACCAAAUGUCAAGUGAAACCUUACCAAGGGAAAGAACUGGCCAAAUGUCCAAUGAUAGCUUACCAAGGGAAAAAUCUGGCCAAAUGUCUUCUAUUAACAAAAUUCAGAAGUUAAUUAACGCACCGGAUAACGAAAAAAACAGAACGACUCCCCUGCACACAGCCAGUCGAUUUGGACACGUGAACGUUUUUGAAAUACUACUUAAAUAUGGUGCGAACCCUUUUCUCUUAGACUCCGAAAUGAAAACUCCACUGCAUAUCGCAAGUGAACAAGGAUUUACAAGCAUUAUAGAAAAAAUGGCGUUACAAAACGGUGAGUUUCUACACAAGAAAGACGGGAAUGGUGACACUGUGUUUCAUUUAAUGGCAAAAGAUGGACACGAUCGACCGCUCGAUGUCCAACUGCGGGAGGAUAAAGAAAACAUUGUCAAUUGCAAGAAUAAUGACGGGUGUACCCCGCUUUGGCUUGCGGCCGCCUCUGGACAUCUGAAAUGCGUUGAGCACAUGCUUUCUCGAGACGCUUCAAUUGAAAUGACGAACAAAAGCAAGCUUACACCUUUGAUGGUAGCCAGCCAAAACGGACAUGCUGAUGUUGUGGAAUACAUGAUAAACAAAAAUGCCAACGUGUCUGCAUUGGACGAAAAGAAACGCAAUUGCUUAGAAAUCGCUAUACUUGAACGGCAUACGUCUGUUGCAAUGACAAUUAUUGAAUCAAACCAGUGGGAGACAGCUCUAAGAAAUUACACAAAUGACGACGACGGCAUGGAAUGUACGCCGUUUAGAAAACUUGUUCUGUAUAUGCCAGAUUGUGCGAAGGCAGUUCUGGAUAGAUGUAUGUUUCCAUCCGCGAAGGAAAUCACCACAGAUGGAGAAGAAACAGAUCUAGCAAAGAAACCAUCUGACACACAUGUUGGGAAAGGAAAAUGUACAAACUACUUGGCUCGAUUCAACUUCGAGUUUAUUGACGAUCUAUAUUACAUAAAAGAAUGGAAGGAUCAACGUUUUCGAACUCGGGAUAUGAAGGCAACAAAGACACAAUAUUAA